CAUCAACUAGGACAAUUAUUAUAAAAUAAUAUUUAGCUCAAAUUUGACAGUUGCUCUAUAAACGUGACUUGUUGUAAAGCUGCAAAAGUAGGAAUCAAAGAAAAUAAAAACAUUGAAUCAAUUUGAAGAUGGAUGAAAGUACAAAUGAGUACAAUAUGACAAACGUAAGCCAUGUACAUCCCUUCGGAAAAAAUGGAGCAAUUGCAUCUGCCGUUUUUCUUUUGCCCAUGUCAGUUUUUGGAUUGUUCGCGAACCUCAUCACUAUAAUCGUGAUUACAAGAUCAAAGAAGCUCUCAAAAUCUGUCUUCAAUCUCAUGAUCGUCAGUCUCUGCGUAUCUGAUUUAAUCUCUGCAAUCAUCAGCCCUUUAUCUCACCAUAGACGCACAUGGGGUUUUGACCAUUGGAUAUUGCCAGAAUUUUUUUGCAAGUUGUUCUGGGCAGCUGACCAUUGGACAUCUUACGUAACGUCAUUGCACAUUUUAUUAUUUGCUUGUAUUCGAUUGGCUUCUGUAAAAUCACCAACAAAAUAUGAAAGAUUGAAGAAUAAAUACGUCAAGGCUAUUGUUGCCGUAAUAUGGUUCGUAGCCUUUGGAUGUGGAUUCAUUCCAAUGUGGAUUUGGUUUGGCAUAAAAGCGUCAGAUCGACCUGCUGGUGGCCACGGUACAAAUUGGCCAGACUGCACAUUAUAUUAUGCAAGGAUUGAGCAGUUUCAAGUGUAUGUAAAAAUUGCGUACACAACUUUUUUUUAUAUCCCCAUGAUUGCAAUCCUGAUUAUUUCUCCAUCGAUCGCUAUAAUCAUAAUGAAACGAAGAAAAACUAGACUACAAAGAAGAAAUAUUGAUGGUGUAAAUGCAUGUCCUAGUGAAUUUGAGGUGAAGCGUCAAAAAAAGGAAAACAGUGCAAUGGUACAACUGGCUGUGAUUGUGGGUUCUUAUAUGCUCGGAUAUAUACCUAGUUCAGCUUACUUAUUGUACGCAACUGCUGCACCUCAGUCAACAUUACAAGAACAGAUAUUUCAUUGGACUUCUGGGACUAUUACUUAUAUUCUUUUACGGUUAUCAGAAUGUUUGAAUCCAAUACUCUACAAUGUUGCAUCGAGUAAAAUGAGAAACGAGACGAAAUCUUUUCUACGAAUUCCGGCUAAGAAGUGUUGUUCCAUAGGCACAGAUGUCAAUUCAGUGUCGAGCUCGUCUGUUAUGAAUUCACCACGUAGAGGAAUAAAGCUAUAAAAUAUUUAUUUUUAAAGAAUUGACCCUGAUAAAAUUUAUAUAAAAUCACAAUUAGUAGUAGAGCUGUACUGUACACAUGCAUCAUAUUUGUGGUAUUUUUUCAAUAAUCCUUAGGUAUUUUAUUCUUGAUUUAUUUCAUAAAAGGUACUAGUAUUAUUAAAAGGAGUUGUUUAGAUUUUCCGAAAAACAAUUAUUUCAAGAUAAUGUACUAUACAAUAGAAAUGCAUGACACUUAUUUUAGAAUCAAUAUUGAAUCUAAAUCAUGAUGUCGUUCAGCAUUCCUGUAGCUUUGCAUUUUUUUUACUAUGAACGGUCCUACCAAGAUUUUGUUAUCAGUUAUAUAGAUGUAUAAAUAGGAUGACAUGUGUAAAUAUAUAUACAUAAAAUUUAUAUUAACAAUAGUUAUUCAGUUACAUAUUUUUUUCGCCUAUGGUUGAUUACUUUGAGUGAUUUUAAGAUCGUUGAAAAUAUAUGUUACAUUAUACAAAUCAAUAUUAUUUGUUUAAAACGGUUCAUAUCCAAAGUACUAGGUGGUUGUACUUUUGUUCAUCGAAGUGAA